CUGAAGAGAAAUAUAAAAAAUAAAAAUAAAAAGUUAAGAGUGAAACAAAAUAAAGAAAUGGCCAUUUCUUUGAGUUACUCUUCCUCCUUGUUGCUUUCAAUCUUACUACUAUCAUUUCUAUUAUUGAAUCAUGAGUCAGAUGCCGCAGCAAAUGAGUUGCUUAACAGCAUUUGUUCCACCACUUCCAAACCUGCCCUAUGUGUGAAGGCUCUAAAAUCCGAUCCCCGGACCGCUAAAGCAGAUAUCAAAGGCCUAGGCGGGAUCACCAUUGACUUGGCACAAUCCAAUGCUAAAUCAACCAAAAACAUGAUCGGCUCGCUCAUUAAACAAACGAGUGAUCAUAAAUUGAAAGGGACGUAUCAGACUUGUCAUGAAAACUAUGUUGAUGCCAUUAGUGACCUUGACCGAUGCAAGAAGCACUUGGAGUCCGGCGACUAUGCAAGCUUAAACAUUCAUGGAUCAGCUGCUUUGGACGGACCUGAUACUUGUAACGAUAACUUUGAAGGACCAUUAGCUGAAUCGUCCAAACUGAAACAAGCAAAUGAGCAUUUGGAAGGUCUUUGUAGCACCAUUUUGGCUAUUUCCAGUCGUUUGAAGCCAAAGUAGGUCAAAGUGCUCAAAGAAUCAAUCAUACGUGCAAGCAUGCAUGCAUAUAUAUAUAUAUAUGUAUCCCAACUUUGACAAGCAAAUCAGAAGUUGGAAGAUUUUUGUAGCAUCGGUUUAAUUUCCUAUUUUCAAGUGUUUGUAAAAAUUGAAUUAGUCUUAUUAUUUAUGUGUUGC